AUGUCCGUCAAAAGCGUCUCCGAAUCACAAAGACGUCUUACAGCCUCCAGCAUCUACAGUCAGCCCCUCAAGCCAUGGGAAACCCGAGCUCUCCGUCUGGAGCCUGCUCAUCGCGAGCACGGUGAAGGAGACAUUGUUGAGGUGCACUUGGAGACUGCCGUCAUCCCGCACCUGGAGGGCUUGGGCCUCGUGGACACCGGAGAGGUCGUCUUCUAUGAGGCUCUCUCCUACACGUGGGACUCGUCUAUCUUUAGCCACGCCAUCCGGUGCAACGGCCUCGAUUUCAGUGUCACAGCCAAUCUGCAUGCGGCGCUCGUGCACCUGCGGAGCUCUCACAUCCACCGCUGGCUCUGGAUCGAUGCUUUAUGCAUAAAUCAGUACGAUGAGGCUGAAAAGGAACGCCAAGUUCGCAACAUGUUCCACAUCUAUCGUAAAGCAAGCUCCGUCCUCGUGUGGCUGGGCUCUGCUGGCCCGGGCACCUGUUUAGGUGCCGACAUCCUCAACAUUUACGACACAUUUUGGCAGGACGAUAGGCAAUACGAUUUUGUUAUCGCGAUGAGGCACUUUUUGGAGAGGAGGAAAUACAGCGGUAUAUAUGUGGACGAUAUCAUUAACGACCUCGGAGACAGCCGAUUAUCGGACGACGAAAGGGCGGAUGCCGACACAUUGGGACGCUUAUCUUUGGCCUUGGGCGGGAUUGCUGACCUCUGGGGACGCGCUUGGGUAAGACGGACCUGGAUCAUCCAGGAGAUUGCGGCCGCAUCUAAUGUCAAGUUUCACUGCGGGCGGUCGGUCAUAUCGUACGAUGCGUUCUUCCAUGUGGCCCCGCACGUUGGUAGGAUGAUUUGGCACACUCGGUCUGUUCUUCUGGCGGGACAGGAGGACCCGACGGUUCUGGAGCGUUUUAAGAAAGCUCGUCAUACUGAUAUUCUUGCGAUGUUUGGCCACAGAAUACAUGUAGGGGAUGACGGGCCAGCUUUGUUCAGAGAAUCAUCUCCCUUUACCCAAAUUCUUCACGAACUGAGGCUUCUUGUACAUGACCCUACCCGCCGCGUACAAGCAAGGUGCACACAGACGGAGCUUCUUCUCGUGUUUCUCGUGGAGACGGUGUCCCGGGGCUUCGAAGUCUCAAUUGCCGCCGACCGGGUGUACUCGCUGACGGCGAUGGCGGACGCCAUCUCAAGUGCUUCGUGGGGAUUGACGUUUAAUAAAAAGACGGCCAGUUCUCCGCAACAGCUGCCAGUGGACUACUCUGUGGGAUUCCAGGCCGCAGUGCUGCGUGCUUUAAAGAUCCGCAUGAACGAGGUUGGUCACUUCUACGUGACUAUCCAGCGGUUAUCUUCGUUCAUCGGAGGCAACGAAACUUAUAGUAGCACGGAGGACCGGGGAACUAAGCUUGAUCUUUUCUCCAUGUGUACAGCUGACUCUUCGCCCCCCAGUUGGCUCAAAUUGCUUGAGUUCAACGAGGGCCAAAUGGAUCGGUAUAUCGACAGAGUCGGCAGCUCGCAAAAGGCGCGGGAUCUCCGGCGGAAAUUUUGGCGGUGGGCUGAACAGGAUGUGACGGAGCCUGACACUCUUAAGCUUCGUGGAAAGGCACUGGGCCGCCUGGCUGUCGACUCCGAGGGGCACCCGUCACGGACCUGGGUGGCAUUGCCGUGCCCUCUUGGGCAGGAAUUUGAAACGUGUUCCACAUGGCAGAAGCCAGUCAGGGCUUUACAUGAAGGCUGCCCUGAUGAGCGGCCUGCGGCUGCCGAUGGAGCAGGUUUAGACGAUGCAGAAAUUGGUGGCGAACGAAACGAGCCUAUUGAACAACGAAUGGCGCCAGAUCAGAUUCAAACUGACAGUGAUGAUGGUUACCAAGAUUUUGAAGUUGAUUUUUGGAACUGGCAAUUUCCGCUCAACGCAAGGGACGGAGACGUAAUCGUCGUCUUUGUUGGGACAUGUGCUUUGAUCCGGCCCUCGCACGGGGGAAGAUAUAAGUUUGUCAAAGAAGGCUUGAGAGUGCCCGUGGACUCUUCGAAGAAACUCACAGACGAUCAUGAGGAAGAAUUUCUUUCCAACCAUCGAGAAGAUUUAGACACCUUCGUUUUGAUUUAG